AUCUUUCAAAGAACAGAUUUACUGAAAUUCCUCCCGAUGUCUGGCUGUUUGCACCGCUGGAAACUUUAAAUUUGUAUCACAACUGCAUCAAAUCCAUUCCAGAAUCUAUUAAAAACCUGCAAAUGCUCACCUACCUUAACAUUAGUCGAAAUCUUUUGUCAACGUUGCCAAAAUACCUGUUUGAUCUUCCACUUAAAGUGCUGGUUGUCAGUAAUAAUAAGCUGGUCUCCAUUCCAGAAGAAAUUGGAAAGCUGAGAGAUCUAAUGGAGUUGGAUAUUAGCUGCAAUGAGCUUCAGGUUCUUCCCCAGCAGAUAGGAAAAUUGCAGUCACUUAGAGAAUUAAACAUAAGAAGAAAUAAUCUCCAUAUGUUGCCAGAUGAAUUAGGAGACCUUCCCUUGGUGAAGCUGGAUUUUUCCUGUAAUAAAAUUACAGAAAUUCCAAUUUGUUACAGAAAGUUACGUCACUUACAAGUUAUACUUCUGGAUAACAAUCCAAUGCAGAUACCACCAGCACAGAUAUGUUUAAAGGGUAAAGUACAUAUAUUUAAAUUCCUCAGCAUUCAGGCGUGCCUCAGAAUAGAUAAAAAACCAGAUUCUUUGGAUCUUCCAUCACUAGGUAAACGAAUUCCCUCCCAGCCACUCACAGACAGCAUGGAGGACUUUUAUCCCAAUAAAAAUCAUGGACCAGACUCUGGUAUUGGAAGUGAUAAUGGAGAUAAAAGGUUGUCCACAACAGAACCAUCUGAUGAUGAUACAAUCAGCCUCCACUCCCAAGUAUCAGAAUCAACCAGAGAACAGACAUUAAGGAACGACAAUCAUAUAAUGGGAAGUAAACUCGAUCCACAGAAAGACCAGGAGGUAUACGAUUACAUUGAUCCGAAUGCAGAAGAAGGAGCUGUUCCUGAGCAAGGAGAUGUACAGAUUGGACCGCUGCUGUCUUAUAUAAAGGAACGUGGAAAACAUCCUGAGAAAUCCCAGAAAAUAGAACAGAACGAGGACUGGGGAGAUGAAAAAAGACUUCAGAAAGAACGGCUGCUGGCUGAAGAUGAUGAUGGUCUCAAAGAAGUGACUGACUUGAGAAAAAUAGCAGCUCAGUUACUGCAGCAAGAACAAAAACACAGGCUUCUUAAUCAUUCCGUUUCAGUAAGCACAAGAAACAGGCCAAAGCAGCUGAUGGAAUCUGAGAAAUGUGUCUCAACAGAUGAAGUGAAUUCUCCGGUCACCCCUUACAGCUGGCAGCCACUGGAAAACCAGAAGGAUUCAGUGAAUGAGCAACAUUGGCCAGAAACACAGCCGGUGAUUUGGCAGAAUGAAGAAAGAAGGAGGAGUAAACAAAUUAGAAAAGAAUAUUUCAAGUACAAGUCUUCCAGAAAGAGUUCAAGUGGAAAUGAAAAUGAUGAGCAAGACAGUGAUAAUACUAAUGUGUCCCCACAGUCUCCUGUGUCGUCUGAGGAUUAUGAAAGGACAGACAGUAACACUCAUGGUCCGUUUGGUCUCAAACCAAGGUCAGCUUUCAGCCGUGCAUCCCGCCAGGACUAUGGUGCAGUGGAUCCUGGAUUUACAAUGAGGAGGAAAAUGGAGCAUUUAAGGGAAGAGAGGGAACAGAUAAGACAGCUUCGCAAUAACCUUGAAUCAAGGUUAAAAGUCAUUUUGCCGGACGACAUUGGAGCAGCAUUGAUGGAUGGAGUAGUUCUUUGCCAUUUAGCCAAUCACAUAAGGCCGCGUUCUGUUGCCAGCAUUCACGUACCAUCGCCAGCAGUGCCUAAACUCAGUAUGGCAAAGUGCCGAAGAAAUGUUGAAAACUUUCUCGAUGCUUGUAAAAAAUUGGGCGUUCCACAGGAGAGACUUUGCUUGCCUCAUCACAUUCUGGAGGAAAGGGGUCUGGUGAAGGUUGGCCUCACAGUUCAAGCUCUGCUUGAAUUGCCUACAUUGAAAGUAUCUCAGCUUUCCUCCAUGUGACAUGACUUCUGGGAAGCUCAACAACUCCUCAUUCCAUCUGUCAAUUUGGAUUGCUCUGAGGCAGUUCAGCUUCCGACACGGGAACAUCCAAGCCAUCAAAAACUAAUAUCUGUCCAGAUGCUGUAGAGAGCCUUACUUCAGAGUUGUACGUGAAAACCUUGGAGUCAGCUGACAGUUAAAAGAACAUAAUUACUCCUUUUUUUUUUCCUUUUGUAAUUGGAUGCACAAAGAGAUUGUGGUAGCAUCGUGUUCUCUUUCCAGUUAAUUUAAGUUUAAAGCUGCCAUUUAGCAUCUCACAGUGUUACAGUUAAAUGCUGGAUUUCUUUUCCUACAUUGAAAAU